UCUGCAGCCCGGCCCGCGGUGACACAGGCCGGGCCGGGACCACUCGGGAGGCCGGCGACUUGGGCCGGGCUGGCGGGCACCGUCCACGCGGAGGGAGCGAGGCCCCGCCCCUCCCGCCCCAUUGUCCUCCACAAAGCGGUCGCCUCCCCGCCCGGCCGCUCCUCCUCCUUCCUCCCUACCAGACCCUGCGUGAGUUGGUCCAGGACUGGGGUGCGGGAGGCUGUGGCCCCUCGGUGCCGGGGCCGGGCGGGGGCGCCCAGAGGCAUCAGCCAGACCGCGCCCUCCGCCUGCUGCGCUCUGGGUGCCGCCUCCGCCCCAAUCUCGACUCUUCCUCUCCGCCAGGCCCACCCCCGGGCUCCCCGAGUUCCCCUACGCUCUCGGUUCCCUUUCCCCGAGCCCCCCAGCUGCCCCGGCGCCAUGGCCACCGUCCCGGACUGGAAGCUGCAGCUGCUCGCCCGGCGCCGGCUCGAGGAGGCGUCCGUACGAGGCCGGGGGCAGGCGGAGCAGGAGCGCCUGUCCCAGAUGCCGGCCUGGAAGCGGGGCCUCCUGGAGCGGCGCCGCGCCAAGCUCGGCCAGGCCCCUGGAGACCCGAGCCCGGGGCCUGGGAUCGCGGAGCCGGGGCCGGCGGACCCUGAUGAGCCUGCCGUCCUGCUGGAGGCCAUCGGCCCGGUGCACCAGAACCGAUUCAUCCGGCAGGAGCGGCAGAGGCAGCAGCAGCAGCGGAAUGAAGAGCUCCUUGCCGAGAGGAAACCCGGGCCUCCAGAGGCCCGAGAACGGAGACCCAGCCCUGGGGAGCCCCGGGGUCAGAGCCCCAAGGGAAGGGAGGCUGGAGAAGAGAGACUGGAGCCAGGGCCGGCCCUAGAGAGCACGCCCAAGCCUCUGGAGGCCAGAGACUGGAGGCAGAGCCGCGGAGAGGGAGAGGGAGGGGACUGGAGCACCAGGCUGCCGGAGGCUCGGAGGUGGAAGCUGAGCCCCGAGGACACUCAGGAGCGGAGCCCCAGCCUAGCGGAACCUGGAGAGCAGAGUCGCAGGAGGAGAGAGGCGCUGGACAGCAGACUGAGCCCGGGGGGCCCUGCACGAGCAGAGGCCCACAAGUGGAGGCCUGAGCCCAGAGAGGCUCCGGAGCAGCGUACAGCGCCAGUGGAGGCAGCGGAGUGGAGGCUGAGCUCAGAAGAGAGAGAAGACUUCGAGGAGGAAUGUGGGAGGGAAGCGGACAGCCCGGCCCCGUGGAUGGCUCCGCAGACUGCGGGGGCCCCAGAAGCCCCGAGCAGGGACCCUCAGAACACCUCCAGAGGUGCGGAAAGAGUAGAGCAGAGGCCCGACCCCGUGGAGGACGGGGAGAGGGGCCUGGGGUCCACCGAAGGGUGGAAGUGGACGCUGAACUCUGGCAAGGCUCAAGAAUGGACAGCCAGGGACAUAGAGACUCCCAGUCCAAAACCGGAACCUCCGGGGUCCACUGAGAAGCGCCUGGACCCCCGUGCUGUGGAAGCUGGGGAAGGGGGGGCCGAGGCGGAGGCUGGGGCCCGGAGCAGGCCUCUGGGAGCCCCGGAGGAGCAGGGGCGAGGCUCUGUGCACCCCCCGCUGCCACCAGAGGACGCUGGGCCCGGAGCAGGCUCGGGGCCGCCACAGGAAGAGGAAGCAGCAUCGCUGCAGCCCCCAGCCCCAGCCCCCGCCUCGCAGCCCUCCGGGGAUCCCCUCAUGAGCCGUCUGUUCUACGGGGUGAAGGCAGGGCCGGGGGUGGGCGCCCCCCGCCGCAGCGGACACACCUUCACGGUCAACCCCCGCCGCUCCGCGCCCCCCGCAAGCCCGGCCCCGGCCCCGGCCCCGGGUGACACUGCAGUACCCGGGUCUGGGAAGAAGCGGUACCCGACUGCCGAGGAGAUCUUGGUUCUGGGGGGCUACCUCCGCCUAAGCCGCAGCUGCCUUGCCAAGGGGUCCCCCGAGAGACACCACAAACAGCUCAAGAUCUCCUUCAGCGAGACGGCCCUGGAGACCACCUUCCAGUACCCUUCCGAGAGCUCGGUGCUGGAGGACCUGGGCCCGGAGCCCGAGGCCCCCAGUGCGCCCAGCGCCCCAGCAGCGCAGCCUGACGACGACGAGGACGAGGAGGAGGAGGAGCUGCUGCUGCUGCAGCCAGGGCUGCGGGGCGGGCUGCGCACUAAGGCCCUGCUCGUGGACGAGUCCUGCCGGCGGUGACCGCUCCCAGCGCGCAUGGGGACUUCCUCCUCCGCAAGGCUGAAGACAGAGCCGGCCUGGAGAGGAGCUCGCACGAGGCUGGGCGAGGCGACGUCAGGCGGGCGGCAGAGCCGAGGCCCGCGUGCGUUUACAGGUCGCUCCCCCCCGGCCCAGCUGCCCGUCCAGGUUUACAUGCCGUGCCCUGUGCACGAGGAAGCCGCCCCGGCCCCUUCAGUUUGCCUCACUGAGGGUGACCCGAAACGGUGGCUGCCGCCAGCUUUGCUCAGUAUUACUGUGCCUCGGUUUCCCCAAAGGGAAGGCUGGGCCUCCACUCUGCCCCGUGAGUUAAUUGUGCUCCUCCUAGUGGUCCACACCUGAACUGCAGCGGCGCGGGCCCGAGGAGGCAGCUGCUUCCUCUCCCUCCGCUCUGGCAUCCACUGCCCAUUUUGUUUCUUUGUUAACUUUCCGUAAUAAAAUGGAGUGUACUCCCAUUU